UCAGGUCCGUAUAGUAUGCACGCAACAAUGUGAUCUGUUUUCACUCCGAAGCACGCCUACACAAGCUCACACAGAAGACAUCGCCGGGUUGCACAUCGCUUGUGGAGCUCAUGGACCCGGGCCGGGCGGGCCUCCAGGGCCUCCUCCUCCACCCCCACAGCAGUCACAGCAGUCACAACAGCAGUCGCAGCAUGAGAAACAUUCGAAACAGCUUACACCGGCACACCUGCGCCUAUUUAGUCACGGUGCAUCAUGGCGACACUCAUGCCCAGCCACUCACAGUCCACAACAAAUAUCCUCUCCCUCACCACCACCUCGCAAUUGGAGCAUGGGCUCGCCGUGGUUGUUCCGUGAUAACACCCGUAUGUGUGGAAGCUUCCAUGCGCCUGGGAUCCUGCAUCUCAAUGCUACUGGGAUUCCAGGUGCUCUCGGUCACGGGCGCCUCCUGCAAAGGCCGCAGCCAAGUGGGUAAGAUCGUAUGGAACAUAAGUGAUUAUUAGAUGGUGGUAUUCAAAUGUUUGGAGGAUUGCUCUGAGAAAUUGUCCGAGUAUGAAAGAGAAAGUCGCUU